AUCCAAAGUAUUUUACAAAUUUUUACACUUUGUGCCAAAAUAAAAAUAAUAAUGAAAGAAUCAACCGCGGGUUGGGUUUAGGGUUUAAAGAUUGUAUCAUCUUCUUCGAUUACUCUGUUUCCCUCUGGAAAUCACGUCACCAUUUUUGAUGCGGUUUUCUCCAACCUUCUUCUUACUCUCACAAUUGCGAUUGACUCGAAGAGCAGCCACCUCUUCGCGUUUCUUCGCCGUCUCUGCUCUCAACAACCCUAACAAUCUCUCAGAUUCUGAACAACAGGUGAAUCAUCUUAACCUCUCUAAGCUUACUCAAUAUGGUCUUCAGCGACUCCUGAAUAGUACCAGAGAUGACCCAAAUCAGGCUUUGUCGUUUUUACGACAGCUUAAAGAACAUGAUGUUUCUCCUAAUGUUAAUGCUUACGCAACUCUUGUCAGAAUUCUUACUAGUUGGGGUUUGGACAGGAAGUUAGAUUCUGUGUUAGUUGAACUAAUUAAGAACGAGGAGCGUGGUUUCAGUGUAAUGGAUUUGAUUGAAGUUAUUGGAGAAGAAGAAGCUGAGGAAGAUCAACGUUCUUUGGUUUUGAUUCGAGUCUCUGGUGCUUUGGUUAAAGCUUAUGUUGGUCUCGGGAUGUUCGACGAGGCGAUCGAUGUUUUGUUUCAGAGUAAACGGUUGGAUUGUGUUCCCGAUAUUAAGGCGUGUAAUUUCUUGAUGAAUCGUUUGAUUGAGUUUGGGAAAAUUGGUAUGGUGGUGGCUUUGUUUAAGCAACUUAAGCAGUUGGGGUUGUGUGCAAAUGAGUACACGUAUGCGAUUGUGGUUAAGGCAUUGUGUAGGAAAGGCGAUUUAGAAGGAGCAGCUAUGUUGCUUCUGGAAAGUCCGAGCGUGUUUUCUUAUAAGACUUUCAUUGACGGACUUUGUGUCAAUGGAGAGACAGAGAAAGCUGUUGUUUUGAUAGAAGAAAUGAUAGAUACGAAUGUUCUGGUUGGUGAUGACCUUAGAACUGUAUUUUGCAUGGUGGUUCGCGGUUUUUGUAAUGAGAUGAAAAUGGAAGCUGCUGAAAGUGUUAUUCUUGAAAUGGAGAAAAUUGGGUUUGGUCCUGAUGUUAGUGCUUGCUCAGCGAUAAUUGAUCGAUAUUGCAAGAACAUGAAUUUACCUGAAGCAUUGGGGUUUUUAGAUAAAAUGUUGGGAAAAGGACUGAAAAUAAAUUGUGUGAUUGUUAGUUCGAUUCUUCAGUGCUAUUGUAAGAUGGACAUGUGUUUGGAAGCGUUAGAGAAGUUUAAAGAAUUUAGAGACAUGAAUAUUUUCCUUGACAGAGUUUGUUACAAUGUCGCAUUUGAUGCGUUGAGCAAGCUUGGGAGAGUGGAAGAAGCUAUUGAGCUUCUCCAAGAAAUGAAGGAUAAAGGAAUUGUUCCUGAUGUCAUCAACUACACAACUCUGAUAGAUGGCUAUUGCCUUAAAGGUAAAGUUGUUGAUGCCCUUGAUUUGAUUGAUGAAAUGAUAGGAAAUGGUACCUCUCCUGAUUUAAUUACAUACAAUGUGCUUGUCAGUGGAUUGGCCAGGAAUGGUCAUGAGGAAGCGGUGCUUGAGAUUUAUGAAAGAAUGAAAGCUGAGGGUCUAAAGCCUAAUGCUGUCACUGACAAUGUGAUCAUUGAAGGCUUGUGUUUUGCACGUAAAGUAAAAGAAGCCGAAGAUUUCUUCAUGAGUCUAGAGCAAAAAUGUCCAGAAAAUAAAGCCAGUUUGGUGAAAGGUUACUGUGAAUCUGGCCUUUCUAAAAAGGCCUUUAAACUAUUCGUUACACUGGAAUACCCUCUGCGCAAGAGUGUGUACAUCAAAUUAUUCUUUAGUCUAUGCAUUGAGGGUUGUCUCGACAAAGCUCAUACCGUACUGAAGAGAAUGUGGGCUUAUCGAGUUGAACCUGGGAGGAGCAUGUGUGGCAAAAUGAUUGGGGCGUUGUGUAGGUUAAAUAAUGCGAUAGACGCCCAGCAGUUAUUUGACACAAUGGUUGAGAGAGGACUCAUCCCUGAUCUGUUUACUUAUACAAUCAUGAUUCACACCUACUGUAGGCUAAAUGAGUUACAGAAAGCAGAGUCUCUUUUUGAGGACAUGAAGCAGAGAGGAAUAAAACCUGAUGUGGUAACAUACACAGUUUUACUUGAUAGGUACCUGAAGUUGGAUCCAGAGCAUCAUGAAACAGGUUCUGUUCAAGGAGAAGUGGGAAAAAGAAAUUCAGAACUUUUGAGAGAAUUCUCAGCCUCUGGUAUUGGAUUAGACGUUGUAAGCUAUACAGUUUUGAUAGAUCGUCAGUGCAAGAUGGACAAGCUAGAACAAGCUGCUGAACUUUUUGAUCGAAUGAUAGACAGCGGGCUGGAGCCUGAUAUAGUGGCUUACACAGCUCUAAUAUCUAGUUAUUUUCGGAAAGGAUACAUAGAUAAGGCAGUCACACUUGUUACCGAACUGUCAAAAAAGUAUAAUAUACCGACUGAACAUUUUGAGGCUGCAGUUAAGCGUGCUGCUUUGAAGGCGAAGAGAUUUCAAAAUGGGGAAUAAAGGGUUAUAAUGAGUGUAAAUUUUGGAACGUCAAGUGUAUGGCUUUGGUGAUCUAUAUCGUACAUGGUGUAUGCAUCACAUUUGGAGGUAAAAGGUAGAAUUCAGCACAUUGAGAAGAAUCUUUGGAUCUGCAUCUGCAUAAAGGAGGGAUUUUUGAAGAAUGAUUAUGAAAAUGCGCUUCUUACAUGACUUUACUCUGGUAAGAGUUGUUUCUUCUCCCAACUUUGGCUGAAGUAACAAACUCCAUGCUAUAGGAAUGGAUGCAAUCCGUGGACAAUGCGAAGGAUGAAGUCAACAAUGCUUAUUCUGAGAAGAUCAAAAUGUGGAAGAUCAGUUUCUGCUUGUGAGGACUGAGGUAUAGAGAGUACAAUAAAGACAUUCAGAGUUUGUGAACGCUGCAACCUCAGUCAUGAAUCAAAUAGACUUGAUUUUGGUGACGGAGGAGCAGGCAAUAACCCCGAAGGCUUGGGCAGGAAAGCUAUGUUAUCCAAAUGGUCAUUGAUGAGCUCUGUUUGUCAAGGUGAGAUUGCUGAUUUUGAUAUGUGAACUCACAUAUGAGACUUGAGUGUUGCUAAAUCCACAGAGUGGGAUUGAGGAUGACGCGCCGCUGAAAGAGAUUGAGAGAGAGAGAGAGAGGCUGAGCGGCAGAAAUCCCGAAGAGAUAUUAACUGGCAGCUGGAAUAGCAAAAACGUCAACUGUUUGAUUAUCAGUUAUCUAAAUUCUAAACAAUGGUUGUAGGACGAUGCAUCAUUAACGGUCUCCUUGUAGUGUUUGAUGUCUUUGUGACUUUUAGCUCCAACGAAUAUCAAAUACUCUUUGGAUUGGUUUACGUCUUUACGAAAUCUCGCAAUUCUUUUGUA